CUUUCACCAAUGAUUUAGAACCCUAAGGAUCUACAAAAUUGACAUAUUCAAGUACUGCAAAACUGGUUUUUGUUAGAAUAUAAGUAGAAAAAACAAGCAGGGAUGUAUAAAGGAGAAAAAACAAGGCAAACGUAGUUAGUUGAUCGAGGAGGAUGGCGGUGAGAGCGAGCGUGACGAGGUUCCCGGGGAACUUAGAGGCGCAGGAAAGGGCGGGGGUGGCCUGGGGGAUUUCUGUGACGCCAUUCGCAGCGGUGGAUGAGCGUGGCAACCAGCCUGUGCUCUGCUCCGAUGGGCACCACAUUCCGCGCUGCGAGAAUUGCUGGGCAUACUUGAAUACCCUCUGUGAGAUGGAGCAGUGGGCCUGGACAUGCUCCCUCUGUGCCUCCCUUAACGCCCUUUCUGCUCCCUUAGCAGCCCGCUAUUCCAAUCCUCAGUCCUGCCCCGAACUUUCCUCUUCUUUCGUCGAUUUCGAGCUCCAAGAGGAUGGAUCCACAGAUGGAGAAAGCCUGGCCCGUCCUGUCUAUGUUGCUGCAGUUGACUUGACAGCUUCUGAGGAAUUUUUGGAGCUUGUUAAGAGUGCUCUCCUUGCCGCUUUGGAGGCCUUAGCGCCAGGGUCAUUGUUUGGGCUCAUUACUUUCAGCCACAAGAUAGGAUUAUAUGAUGUUCAGGGGCCUGUUCCAGUUGUGAAGAACAUUUUCAUUCCUCCUGACUUGGAUGGACGUGUACCUAUAGAUUUGGAAGAUGCCAUGCCUUUGCUGUCAUUUUUAGCUCCUGUGGAGAGUUACAAAGACCGCAUUACAGCAGCACUAGAAACCUUAAAACCAUCAACAUCUUGGGAAAGAACUACAGCGGCAGGACAAGGACUAGAUAGUGUACUUCUUGGGGGACGGGGCUUUGGAGUGGCAAUGGAUGCUCUCAUCAGUUAUCUGGGGUCAGAGUAUGGAAACACUUUUGCAUUAGCAAGAGUCUUUUCCUUUUUGUCUGGUCCACCUGACUACGGGGCUGGGCAAUUGGACACGAGACGUUAUGGGGAGCAAUAUGCCAGCAAGGGUGAAGAUGCAGAUCGAGCAUUGCUUCCAGAACAGACACCAUUUUACAAGGACCUGGCUGCUCUGGCUGUUCAAGCAGGUGUCUGUGUUGAUAUAUUUGUUGUUACAAAUGAGUACACAGACUUGGCGUCAUUGAAGUUUUUGAGCAUCGAAAGUGGUGGUUCAUUGUUUUUAUAUUCCAAUAGUGAUGAUUCAACACUUCCUCAGGACUUAUACCGGAUGUUGAGUCGUCCAUAUGCUUUUGCUUGUGUUCUGAGGCUCAGAACGUCACCUGAAUUUAAACUGGGCCGUGCAUAUGGCCAUUUUUUCCCAGAUCCUCAGUACGAGAAUGUACAACACAUUAUUUGUUGUGAUACAUAUGCCACAUACGCCUAUGACUUCGAGUUUGAGAACUCUACUGGAUUUAGCAGGAACUCUGAUGCUCCCCCAGUUUUACAAUUCGCUUUUCAAUAUACUGUAGUUGUACCACCCGAGGAAAAUUUCAAGACAGGGUUGAGUGCACCGAACAGUUGUAGGUACUUGCUCAAACAGCGGUUGAGAAUACGGACAGUACAGUAUGAAAUAGCACAAAAUAUAAAUGAGCUUUAUGACAGUGCUAAUGCAGAAGUUAUUCUUUCUAUUCUCGUUCACAAGGUAAUUGCAGCAUCUUUGGAGCAAGGAGUCAAGGAAGGCAGACUGUUAUUGCAUGAUUGGCUUGUUAUUCUAACUGCUCAAUAUAACGAUGCCUGCAAGCUUGUUCAAUUUGGAAAGCCCAAUACAGCUAGUCGGCUUGAUGUUGCAUUUUCACAUUGUCCACAGUUGCAGUCCUUACCAAGACUUGCAUUUGCUCUUUUGAGGAGUCCUCUUCUCCGUCUACAUGAAGAGGGUGUUCAUCCAGACUAUCGAAUUUAUCUUCAAUGCCUUUUCAGUGCUCUGGAGCCAAGCUCCCUUCUACGUGCUGUAUAUCCAGUGUUGUCGUCAUAUUCAACCCCAGACAAGCAGGCAUAUCCUCGCCAUUCUUUAAGCCGUGCUGCACUCAUAACUAGUGGCAGUCCUAUUUUCUUUCUUGAUGCAUUCACUGUUCUCAUUGUUUAUUAUUCUUCAACAGCGGAUCCUGCACUACCAUUUCCUCCUCCACAGAACUGUCUUUUGCGAAAUACAAUUAACAAGUUGAAGCAGGAAAGAAGCAUCACACCGAAGCUUCUUUUGAUUCGCAGUGGCCAUGAUAAUGCUGAACCUUUUGAGCACUACCUCAUUGAGGAGCAAGAUGUUGAUGGAACAGGAUUGAACAAUGGGAUGGGCUUUGUUUCCUUCCUUGAGCAAAUUGGCCAAGAUGUUGUGGAAUAUAUGAAAUGAACAUGUAAUUGCCAAAUAUUGAUUUAAUCUGUUGAUCCAAAUUAUUCUUUUCCAACGAGUUCCAGUAGAUUGAGAGGCAUAAAAUUUUCACAAUUGAGAGCUUUAAGAUUUUAUAUCUAGGCAUUAGAAUGUAAUCCUAGCAGUUUUGAAUCUAGUUAAGGCACUUGCUUCUGUAUUUGAAGUCUGGUGUGCUGAACCAGCAAUCUAGCCCUGACAUAUGUUUUAGUUGAUCAUCUUGUUCGAGAAAAGAAGAAAAAUGCUUCAUGAUGACAUUAAACAAUUUAUCAAUAAACAUACAGAGCUACUGAUUGACAAAGAAAUACAGCCAGAAUCAUAGCACAACUAUCAAACAAACUGAGGCUUUGAGCCACCAAAAAUAAAAUGUAAUCCAAUUAAAUGAUCAGCAAUUAUGAUCUACAAUCUUAA